UAUACUUUCAUCAACUUUACACACAUCUUAAUUAAACAAUAAAUAAUAAUAAAUAUUCAACAAGCAUAUAAUUCCAUAAAACCACAAUUAAUACAAUUAAAUAAAUAGAAAAUUUAAAAGUGCAUAACGGAAGUAGGAUAUUGUAUCUCUGGUGGACUAUUUCCAUACUUUUGAUCAGUGUCAAAACAAGUGGGUGACAGGCAUCGAAUUCAUUGCCUGGAAGAUGAUUAAAAAAGACUAAUUAAAGUGGUCAAAACUCUUCAGAAAUGAAUCUCAAGGAACCAUCACGUAAAAAACGCAGUCGCCAGCCGUAUCAACGUCCAUUUCCAAUUCCCCCCAGUAAAAAUGAGGAGUGGGUUAUGUACACAGCCCACUUGAGUGCCUCAGGAACUUGUAUUGCUCAUCCUGACGAGAUGGCUGCUGUCUACUGCAUGGGGUACUUCGGCAAGGGCUUGUUAUCCCGUGGGUUCCCGUCCUUUGGAAAACGUCAAUUUGGAGUUCCUCCGCAGGUCAGGGAGCGCCAGUGGAAGAGGAGGAAACGAUGGCUGGAUGAUGUUAAGAAAUUGGAAACAGCGCCUACUGGAACUUCAACUGAACCUUCUGAGAAGGUGGUUGCAGAUGAGGAGGAUGUGAAAUGCUCUUCUGUAAGUUCUAAACCUCUAAGAGAUGGUACAGCGCCAGGGGAUCUGGACAGGGAUGCAUCCAAGAGAGGCGAUAAAUUUGCAGAGGUCGUUGGACAUAAGGAAAAGGACUUGAAGAAUGAACCAAAAAUAGAAGAAGAUCAUUUUGACCCUGAAACUAGUGGUGCUUCGGCAACAAGUACUGAGGAGGUUCCAAAAAUACCAAAAACUGAUAAGAAAGAAGAAGGACAUUCGGAAAAUGAAGAAGCCUCAUCAGGAUUCGGGGUCAAAUGUGAAAAGAAAAACACUAAAUGUUUAGAAAAAUUCUCAGACUCAUCAGGUACCACGAAUUUAUCAAUAACUGCUGUAAAAACUGAAGAAAAAAUUUCAGUGCCCACACAUAAUGAAACUACAUCAGUAGAUGUGAAAAACUCCACAGAUUCCCAGAUAAACCGAAAAAGUAAAUCGAAAAGCUCGGAAACCCGCGAAACAAAUGGUUCAACAGAACAGUCAACAUCAGUUGAAAAUUCGUGCAAAACUGAACACAAAAAUUCGGGGAACCAUUCUUUAGAAACGAAAAUCAGUGAUCAAUCUCUUGGAGAGCCCAAAUAUCCUGAGGAUCCAUCAGAAUCCAAUUCAAAGUGUAAAGAAACUCGUGCAGAAGCUCUAAAUAGUGAAACCUCAAUCAUCAAAUCCUCCAAUACUGAUGGACAACCCCCUGCAGAAGCUUCUACAAAUCGAGAAAAAUUGGCACAGUCCUCAGAAACCACUCCUCAAACACUGGAGGACCAGAAAGAAAUAGACGAAGUGAUCUUGGAGUCCACUGAAGACGAGGAAGUACUGGAAAUAAUUGAUGCAAGCAAGUCAAUGGAGACCGAAUCUCAGGGAGACGACAUAUGCGUAGUGCAUGACGAUAUGGAGCCAGAUAAUUUUAUGGACUUCAUGACUCCCCCUCCGGAGAAACCUAAUGUAAAUCCCAAUGAGAUGCUGGUACUACCUGACAGUGACUCAGACGCAGAGAACUAUCUCAGAACCAUGGUCCCUAGGGUUGAGACCGAGGGCUUUCCAGUAGCGGAAACGCUGCAGUUGACCUUCGAGGAGACGUUCUUUCUCAUGUUUGGACUGGGCUGCCUCCAGGUUGUGAAUUACGAGGGGAAUUUUUUUAGCAUUGUCGAGGCUUGGAAGCAUUUCAAUCAACAGGAUGAGGACUUCUUUAGUAAAUAUGUUGUUUAUCAUUACUUCAGGAGCAAGGGAUGGGUUGUCAAACCUGGACUAAAGUGCUCUGGAGAUUUUGUGCUCUAUAAAAAGGGACCGCAUUUCUAUCAUGCUUCUUAUGUCGUUUAUAUUGAGGUCGUUGAUGCUGACAAUCUUCUCAGAGACGACAGCAAAAUGAAGAGAGAUUCAUCUUGGUUGAAUAUUCAUUCUCUGAAUAGAUUGGCGCAGAGCGUUGCAAAGGAAUUAUUAAUUGCUCAAGUACUAUGGCCUUCCACAAUCCCCAAGAACAGUGAUCCUGUCCCCCUUGAGGCACUGCCAGAGUUCACAGUACGUGAAUUAUUAAUGCGAAGAUGGAAUCCCAAUGAAACGUGUGAAAUAAUUCCUUCAGAUGACGAUGAAGACGAAGAUUCCGACGAUGACGAUUCAUCUUAAUUCCAGGAUUAAUACACCGUUUCAAAAAAUAUUUAUAAACAUUUCCAAAGUAAUUUUAUUGUAUUUUGUAUCUCUAAUUGCGAGAGAUAGAUCUGUACAUAAAUUAAAUAAAUUCUAACAUUUCAA